AUGGCGAAUCAAGUAAUCUCCGGCUUCAAAGAAACCGCUCAGUCUUUCGCCGGCGCUGCUCGUCCCUGGGGUGAAUUUCUAGAUCUAUCUGCUUUAAGCUUCCCUUCCUCCGUCGCCGACGCAACCACACGCCUGACGCAGAACCUCGCCCAUUUCCGAAUCAAUUACAGUAUCAUCCUCUACUUCCUCCUAGCUUUCGCUCUAAUCACACGCCCGAUCGCGAUUCUCGCGUUUAUCGCCGUCGGUCUCGCUUGGUACUUCCUCUACUUCGCUCGCGAAGAAUCACUCGUCAUCUUCGGUUUCUCCGUUAACGAAGUCGUCGUCACGGCGUUUCUCGCCGGUCUUACCAUCGCUUCGCUCGUCAUCACCGGAGUCUUUCUCAGAGCGCUUAUAACCGUCGGAUUCGGCGUCUUUCUCGUGAUCUUUCACGCUGCGAUUAGAGGAACAGACGAUCUCGUGACGGACGAUUUGGAAUCCCCGUACGGAGCAAUGCUCGCUAACGUCGCUGCCGGUGAAAAUGACGGCGGAUUAUGA